UUACAUGUAUAACAGGGGCUUAAUAAAGGACAUAACACAGACAAAUCUUCAAUAGAACUACUAACCCCAAUUAUCAGUAACCAUGGAUAGGAUACAAACAAAGCCUCGGGCCUACAUGUAUAAUCACUGGCCUAAUGCAAAACUAAUUACUAGUCUUCAAAAACGCCCUCUAAACCACGCACAUGUUGUUUACACUGUCCUAUAUUUCUGAUUUCAUCAGGCGAAGUUUAACGUCAACACUUGUAUGUGACGUCAUACAGGUGUUUACGUUUACUCUGGUCUACUUCCGCUGAAGCUCUAGUCAGCAGGACGGGCGUGUAGAAAAGAUUUUGCGCUUAGCAGUGUUUAUCUUGUGCGAGCUGGAACUGAGCUGGGAGUUGAGCUAGGAUUCAUUUUGUAGACUGAAAAACUGGUUUGAUGACUGUAGCUUGCAUGUCCGACUCGCCCGGUAGACUGUUUUUCGUGUGACAUUUGGUAUUUUCACCUCGCUCAAAGCAAACAGAGAAGCCUUUCAGUAACUCCACACUUCUUCACUUCACGGAAUUCUGCCAGCGGUGACUUUUGACCCCGCAAUGAACAAUCGGCGACCGGUGCGCUCUGACACCGAGAGGAUGGCGUCCAACAUUCUGUCCCAUAUCACGGAAGAGUUUCUUGUCUGUCAGAUAUGCCUGGAAGACUACGAUCGGCCGAAGAUACUCCCGUGCCUGCACACCUUCUGUCAGGGGUGCUUGGAGAAGCUACCGGCGGGCAAAGCUGCGAAAGGGCCCGGGAGGAUUUCCUGUCCCACCUGCCGACAGAGCGCGACCCUUCCCAAAGAUGGCGUCCGCGCCCUGAAAGACAACUUCCUAGUUACAAAACUGAGCGACGUGAUGAAGCAAACGUCAGAUUCGGCACAGGAGGGGCUGGGAGAGGCCCGCUGUACGACGUGCGAGGUGGAUGUGUACGCUACCUCGUACUGCGUAGACUGUCCCGACUACCUGUGUCAAACCUGCGCGACUAGCCACUGCCGCCCCAAGCCUACGCGGUCGCAUCGAGUCGUCACUCUGAAGGACCUGAAGUCGGGGAAAGUGCUAGUGUCGGCGAGAACGGCCGAGCCUUCGAAGUGCUCGAUUCACAAGGAGGUGCACAAGUUCUACUGCGAGACGUGUCGCCAGGUGAUCUGUCUGCACUGUGUGGUCACCACGCACAAGGAACACAGGUACGUGGAAGUAGAGGAAGCGGCGGGGAAGGAGAAAUGUGUUAUGGAAGGGCUUCUACGUGGCGUGAAAAGAGGCGCCAUCCUGCACGACAUUUGGUUGCACGAGUUGCGAGAAUGCGGGGAAAAGUGGGAGUCGCAAGUAGAGAAGAUGACGAAAGACAUUGCGAGGCAAGCGGACGCCAUCAUCGGUACGGUUCAGAGGCUAAGGGACCAGCGUCUCGCCCAAGUUCGCUCCCUCCACGAGGCACGACAGAAACAGCUAGCGUCUGCCACCAACACCGCCGACACACGUCUGACACAAGCAAGAAACACUAUCCAGUUUGUAAGCCACCUGUUAGUCAACGGAAACCCGGUCGAGCUUCUGAACGUAGCGGAAGGCGUGAAGGAAGAACUCCUCAAACAAUCAGACAAGAACGUACGAACACACCUGUCCUCCACGAAAAGUUUCAAAGAAUUAAGUUACAGCCCAGCCUCUCUCGGUCUGGAGGAAGAGAUAGCCAAACUUUUGGGUGACUUGAAACAGAAAGACGUGGACGUCGAGGUACCUCCCGUCGCUGGAUUGCAGAUUAGAGCUAACGCUUCACUCAGUCACUGCAAGGAGGUCAAACUGUACAAGGCGAUCGGGAAAGCGGGGAAGGAAGCGGGAGAGUUUGACUCGCCGCUGUGCAUCGCCAUCACGGGCGGGCAGGACGUCGUGGCUACCGACUACCGCAACAAGUGUCUACAGGUGGUCGACAAGGAAGGAGGCUUCAAGCGGAAGAUUGACCUCGGUUUUCAGCCCGAGUGCGUGACGGCGUUGGACAAUGGCGAGCUGCUGGUGACGGGAGACGGGCCGAAGGUGCACGUGAUGAACAGUGAGGGGAGGGGCGAGCGGGUCAUCCACGUGCGGAACGUGGCGGAGAAGGACACAGUCGGCGGCGGGAUCGCGGUGGACGGCCUGGGGCGCAUCGUGGUGACCGUCGGCUGGCAGGUGUUCGUGCUGCUGCCGAACGGCACGCCCGUGUGCGAGUUCGGAGAUCGGGACUUCGGCUACAUCCUCCGAGUCGCCACCGACAGCAGGAACCACGUCAUCGUCAGCGACAUGCGCAACAACAACGUCAAGGUGUUCGACCCGGACUACGGCAUCCUCUUCAAGUUCGGGAAGCACGGAUCCGGGGACGGUCAGCUGGAUCACCCCAUGGGACUGUACGUGGACGGAGACGACAACAUCAUCGUGUGUGACUCGCACAACCACCGCGUGUCGCAGUUCGAUCGGGACGGGCUGUUCGUGAGACACCUGCUGACGCGGGAGGACGGGCUGCACUACCCCUGGGGACUCACGCUGAUGCAUGACGGGAAGAUGGUGGUGUGCGACAUGAACAGUAAAAACGGACGCAUGAAACUCUUCUCACUGAAAUAGAGAUGUUAUGAGGAAUAAACUGUUGUAAAAAUCGAAAGAAUUUGACGCACCGGAAUUUUCUUUCGGUCUUCGCCAACUAUCUGAACCAGUUGCUGUAGACAGUUUUUUUUGGCGCAUGUGUGACGUCAACAUGGGUCAAAGUAUGUCGGAAGUCUGUACCGGCCCCCGUCCCGGUUGACUGAGGAGGUUAGUGUGCUGAUGUCAUACGUGCGAAAACAAAAUGAACUGUAGUGCUGAUGAAGACUGAAAGAUUCGAAAAAUUCCGGUUCUUUUGAGUUCCCAUGAUGUAACUCAGAUAAAAUUUCUUGUUAAAUGGAGAUGUUUUUAUAAAGGAAUGAAUAAGUACGUGGAACAACGCCAAGCCAAGGCUCUAUAAUGUUCAAAGUUACUUAUAGUUUUUAGUGUCUUCUCUCUAUUAUUUAGUUACUAGCGUUGCAAUUUGUGGAUUAGUGUAGUCUCUUUCUCAGAAUU